AUGAGGAGACUGGCAGACGCCAAGAAGAACGGGGUACGAGAAGGCGACGGUCACAACUCGCUCUUUAGCUUCACCGAUCCCGAGGGCGGGCGGUUCCACAUCACCAAGCCCAUGGCUACCCGAGCACUAGAUAAAAUCUGGAAAGCGUGCGGUUACGCUGGGGUCUCAGGGCACUCCUUCCGGGUAGGAGGAGCUUCCCUCCUGAAGGCGCUCGGGAUUCCCAUCACUCAGAUUUGCCUAAGAGGGAGAUGGGCCUCUGAUAGCUAUAAAUUGUAUCUGAGAGAAUUUACUGAAGAGGAUAUCGAGUCCACUAACGGUCUAUUAAGACAGUUAGAGGAAGCCUGGUCCUCCUAA